AGGCGUGUAGGCAACCAUGUUGAGUAGUACUGUAAAUACCAAAAUGUUCCGCCAGAGGGCGUACUGCUGACAUAACGCUACUUAGUUGAGUUUUAACUUCGAAGAUGAGAGAGGAGUUGAGUGAUUGGCCUUUCCUGUCGCAGGUAACACUGACGUCAGCAACGUGUGAAUGAAACACACUUUCUCUGCAGCUUCACACACUUUAAACAAGCGCGCUCUCUCCCUCUCUACCUCUCUCUGUCUCUCUCUCUCACUCACACACACCCUCACACACAGGUAGACGCUAACACACACGCGGUAACUGUGAGCCGAGUCUCCAUUAUUUCCACAUUCCGCUGAGAGGAAGACACUCCCUCGGCUGAGCUCAGCUCAGCUCGGCAGCAGAGGUUGAACCAGUCCAGCUGUGGGAUGAACGGAGUCCGUGGAUGACAUCUGAUCCUGGAUCAGAAUCCUGAGUCCUCAAACCUGCGGCACUUCUCACGCACAUGGUCAAACACUGGACUCCUGAUCCCCGGUGACCACGUCACCAUGCCAACUCCCAAGCUCCUCACGGCAACCAGGAGUCCUCAGAGAAAACGUUAGGUUCACCGUCGUAUGAACGUGGGUCGGCUUCGGUGCUGAGGCAGAGAGAGAGCGGCGGCAGAGAUGUUUCUCCAGCGCACCCUCCUGGUCGUCUCCGUGCAGCUGAUGAACACAGUGUGUGUGUUUGGAUGUGUCUGUCCAGCAGCCACUGUUUCAUCCCACCUUCCACUGGAGACCCCUGCUGGAGGCUGUUGUCUCAACCUCUCCGGCUCCGUUCUGAACCACGUGGACUGGUCCUUGUUCUCCAACAGAACCGGCCUGGAGACCCUGGACCUCUCCCACUGUAACAUCAGUUCCGUUAACAGCAGUGGGAGUGAAGUGUCUUCACUGCAGAGGGUUUACUUGGGUUACAACAGACUCAAGACGUUGCCGGCAGAGUUUCUGGCCCGGCAGUCCAACCUGCUGGAGGUGGAUCUGCGUGAGAACCUCCUCCAGGAACUCCCUGAGGGGUUCCUCCAAGACUCCGACAGCCUCCAGGUCCUGCAUCUCCAGGAGAACCGGCUGAGCUUCCUUCCCAAGUCUGUACUGACGAGGCCCAAUCUGUCAAGGCUAGAACUCCAGGGAAACCCCGUGGAUUGCUCGUGUUUGCUGAUGGAGGCUCUGGAUGAGGCCGUGAAGGUGAACAGGACCACGGAGCUCCAGGAUCUGUUGGUGAACCUCACCUGCCUCACCCCCAGGCACCUGUUUGGACGGAACGUGUUCUCCGUGAGGCUGAGUGACGCCUGCCGCCCCGCCGGCCUCACUGCGCUCUUCAUCGUUCUCCCUCUCCUCAUCCUCUCUGCCCUGGUGCUCUGCUGGUGCUGCGGGAGGAAGAGGAGGAAGAAAGACACGCCCGCCUUCGGCACCUCUAAGAAAAAGAGCUCAGGUACCAGCUCUAACGGUCAGUACCAUCACAGCAAGCAGCCGUCUGCAGCCGGUGUCCAGAGCAAAGUGGCAAACAGCCCCGGUGGAGGGAUCCUGAAGAACCAGCUGCUGCUCCGUCCUUCCUCCGCCCUCCUGGGCAGCACCAGGGACAUCUACGAGGAGGUGGAGGUGAAGCUGGGCUCCGUGGAGUCUCUCCCCCCGGACCUCUCCCACUGUUCCAGCUCCACAGACGGGAGGCAGGGCGCUCCGGAGCCCGACGGUGUCAGUAAGUCGGAGCUGGACACGGUGAGUGUGACGGAGGUGAUGAAAGACUCGGCGGACAGGGAGAAGGCCUACCUGACCCAGUCCACCGAGUACUACAGUCUGGUCCCUGGGAUCCAGCUGGACGACUCGGACCAUGGAGAGUAUGAAGACGUCAGCCUGUCGUGACCAGAGUUUCAAGGAAUAGUUUUCACAUUUCACCUGUGACUCACAGAGACCCUGACAGUGUCGGGGUCUCACAUGAAGGGGUUCUUUUAACAUUGUUUGUGUCAAUGUUUAUGGAUGUUCACGGAGGAUUGAUUUAUUUUUAGAGCAAGUUUCAAGGUUCAAAUCCUGGUCUAAAUGUUGUAUAGGUUUUCCAGUUUUCCAGGAGUACCAGGAGUACCAUGAGUACCAUGAGUACCAGUACUGGGAUGUAGUACUAUCUGGUUAGAUCAAACGUAGCUUCUUACAGAUGAUAAUACGACGUAGGUUUUGGUUCUUGUUCCUUUUAUUUGUUAGUAGAAUGUUCCGGCGUCUGUCAAAGGUCAUGAAGAACAGUUGAGUCUCCAUGAAGGAAUGCUAAGCUAAAGGUUUGUGAUAAUGUUGGUUGAUUGUUGGUCAAACACUGAACAGCUUCAGAGACUUCCUGUCCUCCACGACCGUCUUUUCAUCGUUGGUUUCUCCGUCUUCAAACCAGGAGACUCAUUUAUUUAGUUUUUAAUGUUGUCUUAAAAAAAAGUGUUUUUCUUUCUAAAAAAGCACUGAUUAAAAUGCAGUAGAAG